AUGGAGAGGGGCUUAUGCAUGGAGAAGAAACAGAAGGAUUGGAAUUCAAACCCAUUAUGUCUUAUGUGUGCAGCAGAUUGGAGAUAUGCUGCUGAGCAGUUUGUUAAGAAGCUUCCAGAUAAAGUUAUUGUUCACCGUAGUGAGUGCAAUUCUUCAAGGUUGACUUUGGAUGGCGUAGACCGAAUGGGUGAGAGGCUAGCUGAUGAGGUGGUGGCUGUUGUCAAACGUUGGCCUGGUUUGCACAAGAUCUCCUUUGUGGCUCAUUCCUUGGGUGGCCUUGUUUCAAGGUAUGCUAUUGGGAGGCUGUAUGACCUCUUUCCUAAACCGGGCUCGUUGGGUUUUGUUGGGAGUUGCACAAGUGAAAAUCAAUCAAACAAUUCAGCACAAUGCUCUGAGCAUGGUUUUGAAGUUAGAGUUGCUGGUUUGGAACCCAUGAAUUUCAUAACAUUUGCUACCCCACAUCUUGGUGUGAGGGGACAUAAACAGCUCCCACUCCUCUGUGGUCUUCCUUUUCUGGAAAAAAGAGCAUCUCAGACUGCACACUGGAUUGCUGGAAGAUCUGGGAAGCAUCUCUUCCUGACUGACAACGAUGAUGGGAGGCCUCCCCUCCUCCUCCGGAUGGUCAAUGACUCUGAUGACCUUAAAUUCUUGUCGGCUUUACGUACUUUUAAGCGUCGUGUGGCAUAUGCGAAUGCAAGUUAUGAUCAUGUGGUUGGAUGGAGAACAUCAUCAAUCCGCCGCCAAAAUGAACUUCCAAAGAAGUCCGAUCUUCUUGUAAAUGAUGAGAAGUACCCACAUGUUGUACAUGUUGAACAAGGUACUGCUAAAGACAACCAUAAUAAGGCAUCCUCAAUGGUUGGAGUACAGAUAAUUGACUUGGAAGGGAACCUUCUUCUGAAACUGUUGCUUUUGUACCAAAAGAAGACUGAUUUGUGA